AGGGGGGCAGUGAGUGACCUGUUAUGCAGACAGACAGAGGGUGAAGUUCACACAUAUACAGAGAAAUACGGGAGGGGGAGGAGACGGAGAGACAGAGUUAGACUGACAUUAUUGCUUAUACAGAGAGAGAGAGAGAGGGAGAGAGAGGGAGACCCCAUUUAAUUCGCCAUCUACAUCACCCAGAGGAAAGGGGUCACCAUGGAGGACAGCCCACCACCCCGUGAACGCUAUGUGUCCGCCAUGUUGCUGAGCGGCGCUGGAGAUGCUCUGGGGUACAGAAACCAGCUCUGGGAAUACUGUAAAUCCGGACCCCAAAUCCACACUGAACUGCACGAGUUGGGGGGGCUGCCAAAUAUAAAGGCUGCCCUUCCUGAUUGGCCGGUCAGUGAUGACACCGUUCUGCACCUGGCGACGGCGGAGAGUCUGGCCACCGGGAAGGUGGAGGAAGAACUGUACCAUGAACUCGCUACAAGAUACAUAUCAGCAAUGUCCGAUAUGGAGGGGAGGAAACCUGGGCCCACCAGCAUUCUGGGAACCUCCCAGCUGCGCCCAGGAGAGCCUGGAGGGUACCGAAUUCCUUUUAACCCCACGGGGACUGGCUGUGGGGCAGCAAUGCGCUCUAUGUGUAUCGGGCUGAGGUAUCCACGGCCCUCGGAGCUGCCUCUUUUGGUCGCUGUCAGUGUGGAAAGCGGAAAGAUGACCCACAAUCACCCUACAGGGUACCUGGGCUCCCUCGCCUCUGCUCUGUUCACUUCUCUAUCUGUGCAGGGGGUCCCCCUGGAACUUUGGGGUUCCCGCUUGCUGGAGUCUCUGCCACUUGCUUUUGAAUAUGUAAGCUGUACUGAGCCUGGCGUACAGUCUCACUUGGACACAUGGGACUACUUCCGGGAGAGCUGGGAGAGGUACCUGAGGGAGAGAGGGCUUCUCCAGGGAUCUGGGCCAGCAGUCUUUCCAGCUCAAUAUGGACCUGCGGAGAGAGAUGCAGAAUAUGCCAAGUGGAGCUUGGAUGGUUGGGCAGGAAGGAGUGGGCACGAUGCACCGAUUAUUGCCUACGAUGCAUUGCUAGGAGCCGGAGACUCCUGGGAAGAGCUGUGUAGCCGUGCCAUGUUUCAUGGGGGAGACAGCGAUUCGACAGGUGUGAUUGCUGGCUGCUGUUGGGGUGUUCUCUAUGGUCUUGCUGGGGUCCCUAAAGGGAACUACAAUGAACUGGAAUACAAAGAACGUCUGAAAGCUGCUGCAGAAUCCUUACACAAGCUGGCCUGGAAGGGACAUUAAAUAUGGAUUCAAAGUGUUACAAUUUCAUCUAAUCUGUACCGCCACCUGGAUGGGCCUGUACCGCCACGUAUACUGUCAGCCACCUGGACGGGUCUGUACCGCCAUGUAUACUGUUAGACACCUGGACGGGUCUGUACCGCCAUGUAUACGGUCAGACACCUGGACGGGUCUGUACCGCAACGUAUACUGUCAGCCACCUGGACGGGUCUGUACCGCCAUGUAUACUGUUAGACACCUGGACGGGUCUGUACCGCCAUGUAUACUGUUAGACACCUGGACGGGUCUGUGCUGCCUUAAAAACUUUACUUGCUGGAUGAUAUCUCCUUGGAACAAUCACAUUGCUGAUAGACUCCCCUGUCCUGGGUGGAUCUUUACCUCCCUAAAACCUUGACUAGUAAUAGCAGAGUCACCUGGAAGGAUGAUUUAAUAACACAUUAAUUAUCAAAUUCCCAACUGAAUGAAAUCGUUCAAGAACCGCAGUCACACUGUACACCUUAUGUGAAUACUGCCACCAUAUGAACGGCUUAUCCCAGUGCCUAAAUCCUUACUCUGUUGGCCACAUGAGUAAGCAGCCUUGUUUUCUAAGCUGAAAGCUAGGUGCAGAUGCCAUAAAUUUACUAAAGGUUUACUGAAUAAAGAGCAUAUUGGAAUAAAUCUCCUCCUAGAUUGUCACAGCUUGGCUAUUCUAGCCUCAGUUUUGCAGUUCGGCUUAUGACACUUCAUUUUAGAAAACGCCACUCUGUCUCAUAGAUCGUAAACUGCACAUAACCAAAAUGGUGGGUUAUGAACCCAGACAGCAGACUCAGCGUUUAUUGCCAGGUAACAAUGGUGGCCAAGUUCUUUAGAUGUACAGCUCCUCCUCCUAGUGGCCUGAGUGAAAAAAAAUUCAUUAUCUUUGCAAACUUUAAUAAAUCAUGUACAGUGUGACGUCAGCCAAGAGUUUUUUGCUCUAUAACGGUUUAUGGUGAUUAGGAAGGAGAAAUUGUUACUUGUUCAGAAAUAUUUUUGUGUUUGUCUCUAGUGUCCAGGUGAAAUCAUAUAUUUGUUUACUAAAUGAUCUCAUUGGUCACUUUCCGUGUCCGUCACUGAGGUUUAAUAGAGAAUUAAAACUCCCAUUUUGGGGUCCUUGUCUGAUUGCGGGCCCCUGUUAGUUAUCUGCCUUUA